CGCGCCAACCCCGAGUCUCCCUAUCUCUGUUUCGGCUGGUUGGAUGGCUCCUUCGGGAUCCCCUGCCCGGCAGAGGCAGCCGGCGCACAGGGGGCUGUUCCCGGGGCAGCCCGCCGGGCUAGCGGCAGUGCUCCUGCUCCAUAGCCGAACUCACCGGCCUCGCCCGGAGCAGGGCCGCUCCUCCCCUCACCGAGGACACCCGGAGCAGGAGCUGCCCAGGGGCACGGAGAGGCAGGGCUCGGCCACUGGGCCGCGGGAGCGGUGAGCACGGAUGAGAUGCCCAGCACGGCCGUCGCCCCUGCCGGGAAGGCCGCCGCCUCCGCGGGUCCCGCAGGCGCUGAGUGGCUGCGCGGCCGGGCCGGGGCGGAGCGCGGGGGCGGCCGCCGUCCCGGCGCGGCCCCGUCCCCAAACAGCGCUGAGGGGAGCGGCGGGAGGUGCCGGGCCAGCAGCAGCCGCCGCGCCGUGCGGGCCCUCGCGGCCCCGGCCCCGCGCCAUGGAGAUAGAGGCAGCCGCCGCCGCGCAGGACCUUCAUGUGAAAGAGAUUGCUGAAGCCUUUGUGGGGGCUGAUGAUUCUGGAGGCUUGCUUUUUGCAGAUAAAUGUGUGGAUUACAAGUGCUUAAGAAAAUAAGUAAAAUCUACCCUGGCUUCAUUCUAUGGAUAGAAGGAUAACUCAAGUAUCCUGGUGUGGCUAGAGAAAAGGGAAAAGCUAUAUGAAAUCUUUUCAUGCAAAUUAAAUAAUGAUUUCUGUGAUGCUUUGUGUAAAUUGAGGCAGAGUCUUCUUGGUCAAUAGUGCACGGUUGAAUGGUAUUAUUCUUGACUGAAGUAUGUCACUAAUAAACGCUGUUCACAGUGUCAAAUUAAGUCCACAGUGCCAUUUAACCAUGAAUUACUCUUUUGGAAAAAUAUUGCCAGCACAGCUAAAAUGUGCCCCUCUGGGUAUCCCUUUCUCAAAUCUGUUAUGAUUUUGUACUGCCCAGUGGUAAGCAGUUGACUAGCAAUGUAUUUUUGGCCUCUUUUCUGGGUUUGGUUUCUUUUCCCCUUGCAGAAACUAAAUAAGAAGUGUAUUAGAGGUUGAACACUCAAAAAAACUCCCACCCUGCUUGUUUAGUGAGAACUGUGCACUGACUGAAUUCCCCGCACUGUCUGUAUGGAUUAUGUAUGUGAAAAGAGCAUGUUAAUUGCAGGACUGACUCACUAUUUAACACCUGUGCCCCACGGACUUCAGUGGGGACUGUAUACCUGUGUACACUGGCAGAUGUAGGCACAUCUGGAGAAAACACUGGUCCCUGCAAUUUAACUUUAUUCUUAAGCUUUUAGUCUUAAGAUAGUACUCCUGGCUGAUGAGGUGUUUGUGUGGAAUUUCCUUGAUGCAGCCACAGUAGCUGCCUGUGUUUCUGAAAGAGGGCUGCUGGGUGUGUGCUGCCAGGACACUGGGUGAACCUCAUUGCUUUCUAGUUCAGCAGGCACUCCAGUUGCUUGCCACUGUAGUUGGGUCCACAAACAACAAGAACAAAGUAAGUUGCUCGUGAGAUGAGUGGGGUGGAGGUUGACAAGAUGGGCCUCCUGUGGUGUUAGAGUGUGCAGUGUCCACAUCCAGGCCAUGCUGCAGCUGCAAUGACCCAGCUGGUGCUGUCCCUGUGACUUUCCCAGCCAUCAGCAAAACAACAGCUGGAAAUGGGGAUUUUAAACUGAGAUGCCAAUGCAGUGAAAACGUGUAGUACAAGAAAGAUACAGUCCUGGAAAAUACAUGGACCCUCAAACACACAGUUUUCAUGUUUGGUUUGAAACUUGCUUUUCCAAAAGGUGUGAAAUCAAAAUAGUGGCUAAUAAGUUAUAACACAAGAUUAUAAUGUUAUUUGCAGUUUUUAGGUUCUUUUACUGUUCCUAUGUUCAUUUUGCUUCCUGAUUUGUUUGAUUGGACAAAAGAAUGUUCUAUAAUUUGACUGGAUCAUGUUUCCCAGAUGACUGAGCCAUUAUUGUAAACAAAUCCUCUUGUGUAUAAACUAGUGAGUAUCCUGUGGCAAUGUCUGCAGAGUACAUGUUUGGCUGGGUAUAGCAGAAUAGCUUAAAGAUAAUAUUUUCUAUAUUGAACCUACAGUAUUUGAAAAACAGUGACCUGUGUUAAAGUGGGAUGCAAAGGCUUUUGUAUUCCUGUGGUUGAAAGAUCAGCAAUAUUUUUCUCAUAUUAUUUGUUUACAUAUAAGGAUUUGUUGUUGUUGUAUAAAUGACAAAAUUCAAUAAAUGCCUGUUUCAUUAUGAUGCUGUUUUAACUUGGGAAGGAAAAAACCUCUUCAAACACAAAUAAAGGCAUUAAAGCCGUAUUUUGUUUCAGGAA